CAUAUGUAUUUGCUGCAUUCCCGAUUUUCCACCAAGCCGAAGGAAUUGUCCAUAUUGAAAAACGCAAUUAAUGCCAAAAAAUCUAUUGAAAAGGUAAUUCAACUUCCUUUUUUAAACAUGUCGUACCAACUUUACAGAAAUACAACACUUGGAAAUACCUUGCAAGAGAGCCUUGAUGAACUCAUUCAGUAUGGUCACAUUACCCCGACAUUGGCAUUUAAGGUACUCUUGCAAUUUGACAAGUGCAUCAACACUGCUCUUAAUCAGCGGGUCAAGGCCCGCGUUACCUUCAAGGCAAACAAAUUGAAUACGUACCGAUUCUGCGACAACGUAUGGACACUUAUGCUAAACGAAGUAGAGUUCCGUGAGGUGCACGAAUUUGCUAAAGUAGAUAAGGUGAAAAUUGUGGCUUGUGAUGGCAAGAGCGGGGAAUUCACUGGAUAAUCUUAAUAACGCUGACACUA